AGCGACAACAGUUGCAUUUAUUCCAGCAGUCCAUAAGUCGGAUUCAAGGGAAACAGAAGAAGCAGACGCAAAUUGUUAAAAAAGAGCGGACUUUUCGUUCCGUUUCUUUGCAUCGCUCGUUCGCACACACACACACACACCCACACCCAUCCAUCUAGCCAUUCAACAACACUCACAUUCAUACUCAUAUUCGUUCUCGCUUAGUUUUUCGUAUCGUCAUCGUCGAGGUUGUUGUCGUCAUUGUCGUCAUCCGUCGGUCUGUCGGUUAGUUUGCUUUUCUGUUUAUUGUGUUUGGCCUUUGUUUAUUAGUGCGUGUCUUUAGUUGCCUCUCGUCUUUAGUUGUGUCCGCUUUGAGCCGUUUUUUCGUUGAGAAACAGGCAAGAAGCAACGACGACAUAAUUAAAUUAAAAUUUACUCAAACACAUACACACACUAACACACCCACACACAUAUACCACGAAGAACCAUCGAUAUAGACGACAAGUCAAACUAAUCACAUUACCAGACCCAUUCAACCCAGAGGCAAACCGAAGACCCAGAAGACAUUCAUAGUUUGUGCCGCAUUGCAUACAUUUUGGCGGGCGCGCGCGCUUCUCGAUAAAUUGAAAAAGACAAAAAAAGGAAAAUAAACGAAACAACGCAAAAAAUAUAAAAAUAAAAAACCUUCUUCGGUUAAUUGAUAGACGGUUUGUCCAUUUUGCUCUUAGCGAAAGGAGGACGAACAAAUUUCAUAAAUUUUCUGUCUGGGGUGGCAUGUGGAUAAAUUUUAGCGGCAAUGGAUCCCAGUGCUCUUCAAAACAUGGAUAGAGACGCAUUAAAAAAGCAAAUCGAGAAUAUGAAAUAUCAGGCCUCCAUGGAGCGCUGGCCGUUAUCUAAAAGCAUUGCAGAAAUGCGCUCCUUCAUUGAGGAGAAUGAAAAAAAUGAUCCAUUGAUAAAUGCACCGGAUAAGAAGAAUAAUCCGUGGGCUGAAAAAGGCAAAUGUGUUAUCAUGUAAUAUUAUCGUAAACCACAGAAAUACCGUAAUAGCUAUGAUAACCAGCCAAACAGCAAUAUAAAAACCAAUUCAACAACCACAGCAGCAACAUCAGCAGCAACACCAACAACAACAGAUCAAUACCAAAAUCAUAAUGAGAUUUGUCUAAAUACUACCAAUUCCCACAACAAUAUUAACAACAACAGCAACAACAACAAUCGAUGUAGCAGCCAAUCAACUUCCAACUAUAACCACAAUAAUAUAAAUUCCCUAGAACUAGUUCCAGUAGAAUUGCAACAAGAACAACAGCAACAUUAUAACAACAACUAUUACUACUAUUACAAUUAUAAUCUGAGCUAUGCACCAGCCGAUUACUAUCUCAGAGGCAGUAGCAGAGGAUGCGGAGGAGGAGGCCGAGGCGGUGGACUUCUCAAGUUUGGUAGCCUGCAGCAAUUGAAGCGAAGAACCCAAUACGAACUGCAGCAAUGGCCAUUGCUAAUGCAAUUGGUGGUUCUUGUUAUUUGGCUGCAUGGCAAAUUCUGGCAGAUCGUGAACGAGCAGGUGAUGCAUAGAAGACGUUGGCAUUGAGUGUGAUGACAAUGAUGGGAAUUUUUUGGGGACGCGUUUGUCCAAUGGAGUGCAGACGGAUCAAUGGGCGUGGCGUGGUCAGGUUGCAAUCUAAGCUUAAGUUGAGAAACAGAAAAGAAAAACCGUAAACAAAUUGAAUCACAUUAAUAAAAUUUAAUCAAAAUUUAUGCUGCUUAAUACCAAAACAAAAAUGAGAAAAAACCAAUGAAAA